AUGUCUUCGUCCCCUACCAUCAAAGGUCACUAUGACAACCGGCUUAACCGGCAUUUAGUACUCAUCUCUACGAUCUGUGAAACAGUUGACGAUUGCUUGACAAGGUUAGAGUUCACGAUGGAGGAUUUCUGGAAAAAUGUUGACGAGAAGAUUUCGUCUUUGGAUGCUGAAACUAGCGCGCUAUGGACUGUUCUAGAAACUAGUGCUGAAAAGUUGGCGGCAUGCAAAAACAAUUCAUCAAUCGACAAAGAUAUAAUAGUGAUAGAGCACAGCGCAAUGCUGGAAUCAACAACGGCGGAUAUGAUUAGCAAGCAAAGCAACACGAACAGACAGCAAUAUGAAAGGGAUGAAUUGAAUUCUAUAAAAAAUGUCAAACAGCAAAUGCGGGAUAAUUCUGCAAAAAUCGAAAACAUUCAACGUUUGUUGGGUGACAUCGGAAAUAUGACGAAAAAUACUCAAUCGAGCGUACAUAUUCAUCGAACUGACAAGAAUAUGAAGCUUGACGAGCUUAAACAACGCAAAGAAAAUCUUGAUCGGAUCAAGUUGGACGGUAUUGAUAUGAUUAAUAAUUUCAACAAUAUAUUAGAUAAUGCAAGCCUGUUGCGGAACCUUUCCGAUUCGUAAUGUGAAUCAACGGAUAAACAAUAGAUUUGCAGUUAUACAAAAAGCA